AUCUCGAAAUAUCGGUAUUUCGAGAUCUCGAAAUAUCGAGAUUACAUGCCCUAGUAAAUACAUCUAGGUCUGAGGAAGUCGAUGAUUGAGAGUGGAGUGAAAGUGCCGAGAAAGUUGACCACGUCUGUAUCAGUACCCAUUCCAGAUCAUUCUAAGAAACUAAGGAACCAUUUGCACGUUUUAAAUAAUCCGCCCAUACGGAAAUAUCUAGACUUGUCACCGUAAAGAAUGAUGAUAAAGCAUACUUUUUUCAUGCACAACAGCACCUUCUCCUUCAUCCCUCUACCCGUGGGAGUCUCUGAUCCGAUGAAGAGGCUGACCAAGAUAGAGAAAUAUUACAGGAGGCUGAACCACUCGCCCGCCACGCUGUUCUCUGUCGUAAUGAUUCCCGUAGUUGGAGGACUCUUCUCCUGGAUGAUUGACUGGUUUUCCUACAAUUAUUUGUCCACCGUCCUCAUCUCAAACUUUCCAGGGCCAUCGUAUGGAGGAAAUUUCAUAGCGGGUGGAAAUAAUAAUAAGGUUUUGGACAUCAAUUUUUCUGCCGGAGUGGGCGUGGGAAAUUGUGGAAUCGCAUUUUGCAUGAUAAGUUAUGCCGACGGAAUGCGAAUCAUAACGAGCGUUGACAAGAGCAUUUUACCGUCAGAUGAAGCUGUUGAAGAAUUGAAUAAGAAAAUAGAAGAGGAGCUUGACCUUUAUAAAACUUUGAGCACGGUUUAAAAUCAACGGAACAUUU